AUGCCGAGCAACUACGCGCUGGCGAGUCAAUGUCAACUCCAGCGGGAUGAGUUGCAUGAGCUGCUCGCCCUCUCCGCGUCGGCAGCAGGCGCCGGCGCGGAUGGCGGCGGCGCGGGGGCACCGGCGUGCGACAAACUGCCCCUCUGGCGCCUGCUGCUCACCGAGGCUCACGUGCGCUCGCUGCUGGUGCACGCCCUGGUGCGUGUGUCGGUGCCAAAGAGCAGGCAGCAGCAGCUGAUUCAGGGGAACAAAUACGUGCAGGCCGGCCUGCAGGCGACAGGCGCCACGGCAGGGCAGCAGCAUCAUUACCGCGUUGGAAAAGUAGUGGCGCUCGUCCCGCGCCCCAGGGCCGCGUCGGAUGGGCCGCAGACAAAGGCAGACGCCUCCCCGGCCGCCUCGCUUCUCUCGGAGUGGCUGCUGGGCCUCGAUUUUGGCGAGGCAACCGAGUUGGUGGGGGCCAAGUACGUCUCAAACGAGCCCUUCUCGGCCGAGGAGCACGCCGUCUUUGUGCGCUCCUGCCUGUCAACACGCAUAGGCACCGCAGCAGCGGCGCCCGCGCUCAUGACAGCCGCAGAGGCGGACGUCGUUGUCCGCAACCUGCACGACAUUCGCCAGUACGUCGCAGCCGUGGUCGCUGCACGUGGCGGCAAGGCGGCGGCGACGGCGACGGUAGUUGCGGGUGUUGGAGCUCGCAAGCGCCCACGUGACGGCGCGGACAUCGGUGACGGCAGCAGUAAUAAUAAUAAUAAUAACAAUGAGCCCGACUUUGACGCGGAGGCGGAGUUGCUCUCCCGCGAGCAGCUGCUGGUGGAGCGGGCGCGGCACCGCGAGGAGCGUCGCCGGUGGGAAUCCCUUCGCGACGAGCAGCAGCGGCACUUGAGUGGCCUGCGCCAGCUGCUGAACAGCAAGAAUGGGGAGAUUCAGCGGGUGCUACACGCCCAGCGGCAGGCGGAGGCGGAGCACAGGACGGAGCUGGAACAGUGGCGGGGGAAGACGGAGGAACAGGGGCAGGCGAUGCGGCGAAUCGAGCGGGAGCUCGCCGAGGAGCGGGAAGUGCAAAAGGAGCACCGCGAGAAGACCGAAAGGUUGGUCGCGCAGCUCAAGAAGCUUGCGGAGCAGACGCGGAAGUUUAAGGAGGUCUCCGACGCGGUGGCGGAAUGGCUGCGGCUGGGCACCAAACAGCCAGAGGAGGUGCUGGCCUCCUUGAAGCGAAAGCUGGCGGAGUCGCAGAUGUGA